CAGUCUACCUAUAUAGUUCAAUGUUUCCAACACAAAAGCCACAAGUCCACAACAGUAAAAAUAUCUUGUCAAACAGAAGUUUUGUCAGGAAGAUUUCAAUCCUUAACAAUCCUUCAAAAGUUGUCUAUUUUACCGUACCAGCGUUGCAAAUAAUUGAAGAACAAUAGGAUCUUUCUGUAUUUUCGUAUGGCUGAAAGUGAUAAACUGAACAUUGACAGUGUUAUAAAUCGACUUUUGGAAGGUAUCGAAUAUUUGAGUGAAAUUAGAACUUUGUUGACCUAUUUACUUCAUUAUUCUUGUAUUUUAUAUAGUACGCGGAUCUCGACCGGGAAAAAAUGUUCAACUAACUGAAGCUGAAAUACGUGGACUUUGUUUGAAAUCGAGAGAAAUAUUUCUUAGUCAACCGAUUCUGUUAGAGCUUGAAGCGCCUUUGAAAAUAUGCGGUAUGUCACUUUGGUUGUAUUUUUUGUCUCGUUGUUCAAUGAUUUUAUUGUUUGUUAUAUUCCUACAUUUCUUGCAGGUGAUAUUCAUGGACAAUAUUAUGAUUUACUCAGAUUGUUCGAGUACGGUGGAUUCGCGCCCGAAGCAAACUACUUAUUCCUUGGUGAUUAUGUCGACAGAGGGAAGCAGUCAUUGGAAACAAUAUGUUUAUUACUCGCGUAUAAAAUAAAAUUCCCGGAAAAUUUCUUUCUACUAAGGGGGAAUCAUGAAUGUGCAAGCAUCAAUCGAAUAUAUGGAUUUUACGAUGAAUGUAAUAAUUUGUGUUGUUAUUUCUGAUUUGUCCUCAUUUUUGUCCUUUGUCAUCAAGUAUUUGAAAUAUUUCUAGGUAAAAGACGCUAUAAUAUAAAAUUAUGGAAAACCUUCACUGAUUGUUUCAACUGUUUGCCGAUUGCUGCUAUUAUUGAUGAGAAAAUAUUUUGUUGCCACGGAGGUAUGUUGCAAUUGACAAUUGAAAAUUGAUUGAAAAAAUUCAAUAAUACUCGCAACUUGUCGGUAUCGAAUAUUUGAGUGAAAUUAGAACUUUAAUAAACGCGGAUCUCGAUCUCAUUCAUAUUUUUAACACUCGAGCACAAAUAUAAUGUGCUAGAAAGAGUGUUAAAAAUAUGAAUGAAUGUUAUUUUAACAUUUUGUAAGAAAUCUCCUUGUCAAGUUGUGUUUUAUAAAGGAAUUACUUUUAAUUGAUUCUACACGGCCUAGCAAUGUCGUGAAUGAACAAUUGUGGCUGUGCCCAGUUUUAAUAAUGUCUGCACUUGAGAAUAGUUUCAUUGAAACAGCCCAGAUAUCUUGUGUGGAAAUCAAUUACAUUUGGUUAAGUCCUGUGGCAUAAAUUUCAGACAAGAUAUGUAAGUCUUGUUGAAGGGUGAUAACUCUAGUGAGAUGCUAACAAAAUCUUGAUGAUAAAAUAUUAUUCCUGUAGUAAUUUGCAUGAGUCUUGGUUUGUUUCACAUGAAACCUGUUAUCCAGUUGAGUUCGAAAGCUUCGUUCAUAUUUAGCUAGGUGUACUUAUCAAAAAAAUGCAACAAAAUCAACUUCUAGGAUAAAUUGUAGACAAUGGGAAAAAUUACCAUGCAAACCAGCUGCAUGUUUGAUUAAAAUAUCUUUGUUGAAAAUCAUUAAUUGGAGCUCAUUUACUGAAAAACAAAAUUUUUCACUGCCAAUAGUGAAUAUUAUUUUUAUUUUGGCUCCAGUUAAUAUCAUAUGAAUAAAGAGUCCAGUGUAGAUAUAGCGAUGAUAACAAGAGAGUUGUGGAUUGAUAUGGAUCCAACUCCCAGAAAAAUAUAAGAAGAACAUGAAUGUUCCAGGCAAAGGCCCUUGCUGCUUCUAGUUUUGAGCUAGUUGUAUCUCAAUCCACAUCUUUCUUUGGACAGUCUGUCUGGUAUGUGUGUCCGCUUUGUAUGUUGUUAAUUUUUCUCUCCAAACUUCAUAAACGAUGUGUUGACAACCUUCCUGCUUCCACUCAAGAAUAAAUUAGCCAGGUUUGAAAAUAAGCGGCCGGUAACGGACACGCAGUGUGUUUAUGGCAAAGACAUUUUGUAUAUAAUACAAAACGAUGUCUGAAAAAUAACAUCUUGAGAAAUUAAAAAUUUGACCAAUAAACUUCUUUCUCAGUAUUUAUUUUCAUACUUAUACAUGUUCAGAAAAAACUGUUCAGAAACAUGAAUAUCCUAGCUGUCUUAACAAUGCAUAAUUGUGCAUUAAACAGGCACCAUUAACUAAAUAUGUUAAUUGUUAAACUUGUUACUAUGUUUCUUACUUUUUUAUCAUUUCAAAAUUUAACUGUGAGUGCAAUUUAUCCUUCAUAUGUGAAGUGAAAUUUGAAACUAAAACCAAAGACUCUGAUCAAACAAGUGAACUGUAAUUGAACUUUAUGACAAGCUCAAAAGUUAACUUCAAACAUUUUUUGCAUAAAGUGGGUGUCAAUAUUUCAAGUCAAUCCACUGGAAACAUUCGCAGUGUGCUGGGCUGCUGGCCAAAGUCUGAAAGGCUAGAUUUGUUUGUCUUAUUUGGGCAUUACAAUUAGCUUUAACCCAUUAGGUUUGCAUUGUGCUCCAAUGUGAUUAUUCCAUCUAAUGCCAGACAAUUUCACACGUCAAGAUGACAGUGCUGCUAUGGGUAAACUGCUUAUUUUGAGAGACAAAGCUUCUAUCCUUCAUAUUUUUCUAUUUGUGUAGGUUUAUCCCCAGAUUUACAGUCAAUGGAGCAAAUCCGUCGUAUCAUGAGGCCUACUGAUGUCCCUGACCAAGGUAAAAUUAAUUAGCGAGCUUAUGACAGGCAUCGAUUUUGUCAACCUGGAUGUCAGAUUCAGAGGUUUGCAUCAGUUUGUGAUAUCUUCCACACAUAUGACAACACAUAGUGCUCUUGUAAGCAAACAGAAAAACUUAUCAUGCAACAUACUGCCAAAAUUAGUUAUACCAGUAUAUUUAGUUGGGUGAUGCUCAUGUUGACAAAACGUUUGCUUACUUGAACUAAGAUUUUCUUUGUUUUCAAAACUGGGAAGUAAAUUUAAUUAAUUAAAUAUCUAUGUGACCAUAUAUGGUCAAACAAUAGUUCCAAAUCAUUUCCUGUAAUCAUGGAGUAGAAAUAUUAAAAACAAUAUGAUCUAUGCUCAGACUACAUCGUGGAGCAUGUCAACUGUACUGUAGAAAACUUUUCAUAACUAUAAGUAUCUUUCAAAUUAAAUAAUGUAUUACUUAUUAAUUGUCACUAGCCAAGGUCAGGAUAUUUUAAGAUUUGUAAAGUAAUCAACCAGUUUUUAAAGUUGAGGCAAGUGUAUACCUUUGUAGUUCAUGUACUGUACAUCUACAACAAUAUGUCAGUUGAAAACAUUGCUUGAAAUAGCAUGCCAAAAAAUUUAAGAAGAAAAUUUUAGGGAAGAGUGUUUUCCGACCUACAUUCCCUAUUUUUUCAGGAUAACAAACAAGAUGGUUUUUUUUGUUAGGCCUAACUUGUGUUUUCACCAUAGUGAGUUUUGCCUAUCAGUGGUUUUUGUUCCACUUUGAAAACAGGGUGAUAAACUUAUUUUGAAGUUAAAAAAGAUUGUGGGUUUUACAACAAUAAGAUCUGAUGCUCAAAACAGCUGGAAAAUUUCAUAAAUAUUUUGGGCAAAUCCAUACCUAGUGUAUUUUUCAUCAUCAUCAUAUUAACACAUACUAUAUUUAACCCAUAUAUUUAACUCUCGCCUUGAUGAGUAAAAUUGCCUGGAUUAAAGUGAAAAAAUAAAGAAUAUGAAGGGUUAAAUUGCUUAAUUUGAGUAAACCUAGGAAAUGCAAGUUCUGAAACUACAAGUAUCUUCAUUUAAGUCAGUGUUGCAAUAAUAAAUAAUCAAUUUUUAAUUUGUGGUUUGAAUUGACUGCCCAACAAUAUCGUAGCUUGAGCUAAAAAUAUACAUACUUAAUAUGUAAGAAAUGCUCUGCUGGCAAUAACUGCUUGUUAAUAAGUUAUUUUCUGCUGGCUGAGGUACGAAAGAAGCAGAAAAUGUUUUCUCACACAAGGCUGGGAGCCCGAUUGUGAAUCGGGUGUAUUCGAGUGGUGCAGGUUAAGCCAGCGCUUGACAAAAAUCCACACCUGCCCACCUGUUAAUUGUAGCCAUUUAGCUUGUUAUGCGCAGUGGACAUUUAUAUAUAUAACUAAACAAUAAUUUUUAUUUAAAUAACGUAAUUACAUGGCAGAGCUGUGUGUUAGCUGUUAUUGUGUAAAUAAAAGUCAAGCUUGCGGGGGAUGGCUGUAGCAGCUCCCAGCAGUGUGUGAGAAGUGGAUUUUGUUAAUAAUUCUCCUUCCUGCUGCAAUGUUUGUGAACUUUCAUUUCUCCAGGCUUGCUCUGUGACUUGCUGUGGUCAGAUCCUGAUAAAGAAGUUACUGGCUGGGGUGAAAAUGAUCGUGGUGUUUCUUUCACAUUUGGACCUGAUAUUGUCUCAAAAUUCUUGCAAAAGCACGACUUGGAUCUCAUCUGCCGAGCUCAUCAGGUGUGGACAUAGGUUUUCUUAAAUUCUGUACAGUAGGUAUUGAAAAUGUGGAUAGGCUACUAGAUUAUCCAUAUUUUUUUGCAUCUUGCUCAAUUGAGUAAUAGUUGAUGGGUUUUGUAGAUGGAAACUAUUGAACUCGUGGAAACUAAUAUAAAGAUUAAUGCCCAGCUGGUUCAUCACUUGCGAGUGUAAACUGUUUGUUCUCUGGCAGGAAUUGAAGUUAUUGAACCUGAGGCCCUACAGGAUUCUGAUGUAGCGCACUGACAGAGCUACAGAAUUCAGUUGGCAGGCUCUAAUUGCAAGUUCAUGUAUAAAUACUAGGGUACUGUCAUGUUAAGGUCAGAGGACAUAUAGUUGUACUUUUUGCAGCUGUACCUGUUUAGGUACUGUAAAUGUUGUACUAUAUUACCCAACUGUGUCUGAUCACUCUGAUGUCAGAGGGUUUUGCAUGUCAAUGUGUUAGGAGAAUGGUUGGCAAUGGUCUCUGUGGAAACAAUUACUUUGUUAACCAACUCUGUCUAAAUAAACAUUCAUGAGCUUACUUGCUGAAGUCUUUUUUGAAAAUAUUUCAGGUAGUAGAAGAUGGUUAUGAGUUCUUUGCCAAAAGACAAUUAGUCACGUUAUUCUCGGCACCUAAUUAUUGUGGAGAAUUUGAUAAUGCUGGAGCAAUGAUGAGCGUGGAUGAAACAUUAAUGUGUUCUUUCCAGGUACUGUAGUAUAUUUGUAACAAUUAGAGCUUUUUUCGGCGGAUAAACAGCCCAAAAAACGCAUCAAAAGUUUUUUCAAAGCAAUUUUGAGCUGUUCUAAGCCAUGUAAAGGCUGAAUUGUGAAACCUCCAGGGCCUUCGAAAAGGUCUGUGUAAGAGGUUCAACCACAGGGCCCUAUUCAGCGGGAGCAACUGUGGCACUUAUUAUCUUGUGAUUCAGAAUGUAUAAUUCUGUGUGGAUCUAACUACAUCUGACCAGUAUGAUUAAUUUGAAUACAUUACAAUUUGGGUGCUUACUCAGUAUUGAUAUGUAGUACUGCCCCCUGAUUAAAAAUUCUGCUUACACUUACAGCCCUUGUUGACUUCACUACCUAACACUCGAAUGUUAUUUUUUCUCUGUAGAUUCUCAAGCCAGCUGACAAGAGGAAGUUUCCUUAUGGAGGUUUAAACACAGGCAGGCCUGUGACACCACCAAGGGGGCAAAAUAAUAAACCAAAAGCCGGCAAGAAAUGACUUCUAUAAUAACCACUGUUGUAAUAUAAUUAACUUUUUAUUUUGGUAACUUUUCUGCACACAUGUCUAGCCAAACGUCUAAUGUUACUUAAUAAAUGUCCUUGAAAAUGUAAAUUUAAUAUUAUCAAGUUAGUAAUUUAAAUAUCCUGAGCAGUAGCAUUUCAUGUUUGGCUGUAUAAAAUGUGGCAUCAAUUUCUUGUAAAAUAUGUUAGGGUUUUAAUAAAUCGACUAAA